AUGAAGGCCGCCGUCAAAACCGACGCCAAGGAGGAGGACAGCUCCAUCGACGCCACCAACGUCGUCGCCGAGACGACCGCGGCCGCCGAAGCCGCCGAGGACCAGAGCGUCGAGCAAGCGUCGGCGGGAGCUUCAGCCAUGGCAGCGUCGGGCUGGCUGAGGGGGAAGGUUAAGGCCGUGCCCUCCGGCGACACCCUGGUAAUCAUGUCGAUCGCAAAGGCAGAUACGAUCCCACUGGAAAAGUCGAUCACCUUGUCAUGCAUCAUCGCUCCGAGGCUGGCACGGCGUCAUGGAACGGACGAGCCGUUUGCCUGGGAAAGUAGAGAAUUUCUGAGAAAGCUUUGCAUUGGACAGGAAAUUAAAUUUAAGAUCGACUAUGUACUUCCUGGAUCAAGCCGUGAAUUUGGCACGGUCUAUCUUGGUGGUGACAAAAAUAUCGCAGGCCUGGUAGUUGCCCAGGGGUUCGCCAAGGUAAAAGAACAAGGUCAUAAGGGUCAUGUGAGUCCAUAUGUCACUGAAUUGCUAAGAUUGGAGGAGAUUGCUAAAGACCAAGGUUUAGGUCGUUGGAGUAAGGAACAUGGCGCUGCGGAGGCUUCAGUAAGAAUUCUUCCAUCAUCGACCAUGGGAGAAGCCGGCCCUUCUGAUGUAAAGGGUUUUAUUUCUGAGAUGAAAGGGAAAGCUUUGGAGGCCAUUGUUGAGCAAGUGCGUGAUGGUAGCACUAUCCGUGUCUGCUUGAUCCCUAGCUUUCAUUUUUUUCAGGUUUACGUUGCUGGUGUUCAGGCUCCAUCCAUGGGAAGACGAACAUCUAUUCCAAGUGCAGUUGCUCAAACAGAAGUAACUAACAAUGUUGAUGUGAACGGUAAAGCAUCUGAAGAAGCUCAAGCACCACUACUGGGGACAUUACAGAAGGCUGUAGCAUCUGCAGUUACUUAUUCUGAAAUUCCACCAGAUAGGUUUGGUAAGGAGGCCAAGCACUUCACUGAGACAAAAGUUCUAAAUAGAGAAGUGCGGGUUAUACUGGAGGGAACAGACAGUUUUGAUAACAUGUUUGCUUCAGUGUAUUAUUCUGAUGGAAAUACUGCCAAGGACUUGGCGCUUGAGCUUGUAGAAAAUGGGUUGGCAAAGUAUAUGGAAUGGAGCGCAAACAUGCUUGGAGCUGAAACCAAAAGAAAGCUUAAGAAUGCCGAACUUCAGGCUAAGAAGGAACAGCUAAGGAUAUGGACGGGAUUUCAGCCACCUGUUACAAAGACAACACCAAUACACAAUCAGAAAUUCACAGGAAAAGUCAUAGAGGUGGUGAAUGGUUACUGUAUAGUUAUUGCUGAUGAUAUGGUGCUUGUUGGAAGUCCUUCGGCAGAGCGCCGUGUAAAUAUUUCAAGCAUCAGACCUCCUAAGUUGGUUGAUUCUUCUGGAGAAAGCAAAACUAUUGAACAUUUUGCUCGUGCAGCUAAGGAAUUCUUGCGUACACGGCUAAUUGGAAAACAGGUUCAUGUCUCAAUGGAGUAUUCUAGGAGAAUCAAUAUUUCAAAUGGACAUGCUGCAGAUAAAACCAACAUAGUUGACACCAGAGUUUUGGAUUAUGGAUCCGUUUUUCUACCCUCCCAGAGUGGUAGCCCCGGCAACCUAUUUGGAGCCAAUGUCGCUGAGCUCUUGCUUUCACGAGGAUUUGCUGAUAUCACAAGACAUCGAGACUAUGAGGAGAGGUCACACCACUAUGAUGCACUAUUGGCAGCAUAUUCGCAUGCUGAAAAAGCAAAGAAAGGAUAUCAUGCUAAAAAGUAUUAUCCUGCGACUCAUAUGAAUGAUUUGACAACAGUUCCUGCAAAGAAGGCUAGAGAUUUUUUCCACUUGUUACAACGAAACAAAAGGCAUUCCGCUGUUGUUGAGUACAUUUUUAGUGGGCAUCGCUUCAAACUAACAAUACCUAAUGAGACAAGCACCAUUACCUUUUCAUUCUCCUGUGUUCGGUGCCCUGGUAAAAAUGAGCCCUACUCGGAUGAUGCCAUUGCUCUAAUGAGGAGAACGAUACUCCAACAUGAUGUUGAGAUUGAGAUUGAAGCUGUGGAUAGGACCGGGACAUUCUUAGGUUCCUUAUGGGAGUCCAAAAACAAUAUGGCUUAUGUUCUUCUUGAAGCCGGCCUAGCCAAGCUUAGUUCAUUUGGACUUGAUAGAAUCUCAGAUGCUCAAACCCUCAUAAGGGCAGAAAAAUCCGCACAACAGAAGAAAUUGAAGGUGUGGGAGAACUACAAUGAAGCAAAAGUGAUUCCCCAUGGAUCGUUGAUGGGACAAAAUGGAAAGGAAUCUUUCAAGUUUUGUUCACUUUUUAAGAUUGUUGUAACUGAAGUCAUUGGUGGUGGAAAGUUCUAUGCCCAUAUAGUUGGUGAUCGUCGCUUGGACAGCAUUCAACAACAGCUUGCUUCUAUGAAAUUUAAUGACAUACCAGAAAUUGUUCCAUUUAAUCCAACCAAGGGAGAUGUGGUACUAGCCCAAUUCACUCUCGACAAUUCAUGGAAUAGAGCUAUGAUUGUGAGUGAACAUCAAGGACCCAUGGAAAGGGAGUUUCUAGUAUUUUAUAUAGACUAUGGAAACCAAGAAAUAGUUACUUACAGUCGCUUGAGACCUGCACAUGCAAAUCAAUCUACUUCCUUGAUUCCUCCUCUUGCGAAGUUAUUCCGCCUUGCAUUCAUCGCAGUUCCUAACCUAAAAGAUAACCUUGGUGAACAAGCUGCAAGGUAUCUAAGCAUGGUUUUGCUUGAUAAUGGGAAAGAGUUCAAAGCAACAAUUGAAGAGCGUGCCACUGUGGAAUCUAAGCAAGAAGGACAAGGUACUGGAGAAGUACUUGUUGUGACUUUGUUUGAUGAGGAUGCUGAGAGCAGCAUCAAUGCUGCAAUGCUGGAGAAUGGCUUGGCUCAAAUCGAGACACAUAGAUUGAUCUCACGGGAGCAUAGGGCUGCUGUGAAAAAUCUAGAAGAGUUCCAGGAGCAUGCAAAGAAGGAGCAUCGUGGCAUUUGGCGUCUUGAGGGUGUGGGUGUGCCAGAUAAAUCUGCAAAAGACAGCAAUGCAUGUGACAUCAAUGAUGAUGAGGAUCUGCUAGCGCCAGCUCGAGCUCAGCCUCCUAGCAGGGGCUUUGACCUCAUCGAUCUCAUUGCUUCCAAGUCCACCGGAACUCCGAAACCUAGUAGGGAACACGUCAUGGGCGAUUCAUUGCCUUAA